ACUUUUGAAAUUCAUUCGGCACACAACUCAAAAGAGUUCAAAAUUAGUCGAAAAUUUUUUCUAAUAUUGCAAUAAAUUAAAAAUACAUGGCGCGUCGACCUCUAGGCCCUGGUCCCGGCGCUUACGGGUUGCCCACAACCGUGGGUUAUGAAAAGCAUGAUACCCGUAAGAAGCGCAUGCCGCAAUACUCCUUCGGAACGCGCACGCAAACGACGGGUGCCGAUCCUGGACCAGGACCGGGCGCCUAUCAGGUAGACAAAUUAACGCGCUAUGGAAUGGGCGGCGGUUUGCAAUAUACCAUUGCCCCCAUGACAAAAAUUAUUGACAAAAGAAUUGGCCCCGGCCCCGGCGCAUACGAUGUCCAUUUAAAACCGUUCUUCAAAGGAGUCAAUGCACCAGCUUAUUCCUUGGGAGUGCGUAACAAUUAUAGUUUUAAGAAGUGUGGACCCGGUCCGAGUGCUUAUAAUUAUGAGGUCAAUCCAAUUAAGCCAGCCGCACCCGCCUAUAGCAUGGGUAUACAAACCAGGAUUAAGGGCAAGGAAAUUUCGCCUGGUCCGGCUGCUUAUGGUGCAGGCGAUAUGAAUAUCAGAUUGAAUCGCGCUCCUGAGUACUCAAUGAGACCCAUUUGCAAUAUGAGAAAAGAUACCCUGGGUCCCGGUCCUAAUUAUUAUGAUUUGAUGUACUAUCGUCCUGGCAAGACUGGACAAGCCUAUUCAUUCGGUGUGCGCCAUUCGCCCUAUGCUCCACCCAUGGUAGUUAGAUGUGAUAAUAUGUAGAUUUGCAAUAUUAGAAAAAAUUUUAUGUAAAUGAAUCCUAGUAGUAAUAAA